CUUUUUACUAUGAAGUCAUCGCCCAACAAACAAAGCUAGCUGGCAGAUCCAUUUGUCAACAAAACCCAUCUCAAAUUCCAAGUUCUCUCACCAAACACUGAUUUUCCGAUUCUAACCAUUGUAAUUGUCCGCAAUUUACAGUGUCCCCACCCGCCGUAGAGAAACUAUAUUAUCAGAUUCCUUUGGACCACAACCCUUUUUUUUAAACUGAUCUUCAGUUGCACAAGAAAAUUCCGUGUGUUUAUGAGCUAAUAUUUCACAAUCCAAGCCUUAGUGCUUUCAAGCUCUAAUUUGUUGUAUGAUUCUAUUUAUAUUCCAAAAUUCCACUUGUGUGGGUUUUUAAAUUCCAAAAAGUGAAAAGCUCCUUGUUCUUUGCCUUUGCUUUGUUGAAAAUCUUCUCUUCCCUAUUUUAAAGUGAGAAAGAGAAUGCAUUGGUGAGAUUUGAUUGAGAAGCAAGCAAACAAGAUUUUAAUCGGUUGUUCUGCAAGAAGAAGAAGAAGAGAGCAAAAGAUGGUGGUGAGGAAAGUAGGCAAGUACGAGAUAGGGAGAACUAUCGGCGAAGGAACCUUCGCCAAAGUAAAGUUCGCGCAGAACACUGAGACCGGUGAGAGUGUUGCCAUGAAAGUUCUCGAUCGCAGCACCAUCAUCAAGCACAAGAUGAUCGACCAGAUCAAGAGGGAGAUAUCUAUAAUGAAGCUUGUCAGACAUCCUUAUGUAGUGCGAUUGCAUGAGGUUUUAGCAAGCCGCACUAAGAUUUAUAUAAUCUUGGAGUUCAUUACAGGUGGUGAAUUGUUUGAUAAAAUAGUGCAUCAUGGACGUCUUAGCGAGGCUGAAGCAAGGAGAUACUUUCAACAGCUUAUUGAUGGAGUGGAUUAUUGCCACAGUAAAGGAGUCUACCACAGAGACUUAAAGCCUGAAAAUCUUCUACUUGAUUCACAAGGAAAUAUAAAGAUUUCAGAUUUUGGUCUUAGUGCAUUGCCUGAACAAGGAGUUAGCUUGCUGCGGACAACAUGUGGAACUCCUAACUAUGUGGCACCUGAGGUACUUGGUCACAAGGGUUAUAAUGGUGCUGUGGCAGAUAUCUGGUCCUGUGGGGUCAUCCUUUAUGUUUUGAUGGCAGGAUAUCUUCCAUUUGAUGAACUAGAUCUCACCAUGUUAUACAGUAAGAUCGAGAAGGCAGAGUUUUCAUGUCCUUCAUGGUUUCCAGUAGGAGCAAAAUCUUUGAUUCAUAGAAUUUUGGAUCCAAAACCUGAAACUCGUAUAACCAUCGAACAGGUAAGGAAUGAUGAGUGGUUCAACAAAGACUAUGUUCCUGCAAGACUUAUUGAGUAUGAAGAUGUGAACCUGGAUGAUGUAGAUGCAGCUUUUAAUGAUCCAGAGGAACGAAAGACUGAUGAAUUGUGUGGGAAUGAGGAUACAGGACCAUUGAUUCUUAAUGCAUUUGAUUUGAUAAUUCAAUCUCAAGGCUUGAACCUCGCGACACUAUUUGAUCGUGGAAAGGACUCUUUGAAGCAUCACACACGCUUUGUUUCACAGAAGCCAGCAAGGGUCGUGUUAUCAAGCAUGGAAGUUGUUGCACAAUCAAUGGGUUUUAAGACACAUAUUCGUAAUUAUAAGAUGAGAGUGGAAGGCCUUUCGGCUAAUAAGACUGCGCAUUUCUCAAUUAUUCUAGAAGUGUUUGAAGUUGCUCCCACAUUUUUUAUGGUGGAUAUUCAGAAAGCAGCUGGAGAUGCUUCCGAAUACCUCAAGUUUUACAAGAGCUUUUGUAGCAAUCUUGAUGGUAUCAUCUGGAAACCACAUACCGAAUCAAGCAAAUCUAGGAUCAACAAGUCAGAGAGCAGAAAACGCUGAAUAUUAUUAUUAUUAUUAUUUUUUCUCCUAUAACAUCAUCAUUCUGCUAGCAGCACAUGUAUUUUAAAGCAGGUUUGCGAAUUUCAUCUAUGCACAAGUACUAUUUUCAGGUUUUGUUUCAUGGUGAUUGUUACAGCUUACAUUGUACAACUUUAGUCUUG